AUGAAGUUCUCGGUCGGUAGUGUGGUAUGGGGAGUGAUCUCUUAUGCUGGGGUUGUGAGAUCUGCUUGUUCAAGUAAUCUGUUAAUUGAUAAUUAUGCAAAAUUCUCGACUAAUACUAAUUCUUUGGGUCAAUGGACAAGUGACGACGGAACAACCACCAAUUUGAAGGCCGAUGUCACAAACAAGAAAGUCACAUUCACCAGCAAGGCCAACAGUUACUUUUAUACUCAUCUUUCAAUUGCGAGAAAGCAACAACAGAUCAAUAUAAUGCAAUUACAUUUCCUGGUUAAAGGUCCUGCUGGCUCUUCAUUCACACUCGAACUGCAGACUUUGAGUUCUUGUACAGCGACCGCGUAUAAAAGUUAUUACACAACUAUUAAAGGAAUAACUGGAUCUACUCAGACUAUCACAGUACAAUUAAGUGCUUUCCCUGGAGCAAACUUAAACGCGAUUUCGGGGAUUUUAUGGGAAUCUUUUAGUGCCAACGGUGCGUGGGAGAUUGGGCAAACAAAUUUGGUUUGCGCAAAUGGUGCAGGAGGUUCAUCGAGUACGACCUCAUCUUCGAGUACGAUGUCUACGAAAGGUGCUGUUGUAACCACUAGCUCUUCAACAUCAGUUGUUUCUGCUCCAACUACCUCCGCUACCACUUUGAGCACAGUCAAACCAAGUGUCACUUCGAAAGUUCUGACCAGCAGUGUCAGUGCCUCGGCUCCAGCAGGUGCUUGCACAAACUUGCUGAUUGAUGAUUUUGCAUCUCAAUCUCGUCUAACGUUCUUGUUUUACAAUGCCAUGUUACAACCAUCUUCCGAUGAUGGUACCAUGGCACCGGUAACAGGGAGGGCAGACACUGGCACUUCUGUUAUUGUGGCUAAUAAUCAUGUUACUUUGACACCUCGUGCGGAUGGGUCUUCAUACUGGUAUACCAUGUUUGGUUGCUUGAAAGCAACUAAUACAUAUGGUGGAAUUGGAUUGACUAUCAAGGCUGCAAAGGGAACAACAUUAGGAGUUGAGAUUCAAACUUCGAAGACAUGCGAUUCGAGUAAUCCGACUCUCAUUGACGUUUCCUCUGCAGAUCUGGGAUGGACUUUUGAUGGAACUGAAAAAUUCUACACCAUUCCUUUCUCGAAAUAUCCAGGUCUAGAUACCGAUCAUUUGAUCUCACUUCUAUUUUCUGGUAUUAGCAAACCGAUUACCCUUGGUCCAAUGUCUUUAUACUGUGGAAAUACAGGAACCGCUUACCCCGUUCCUAGUACUGUCCCAGUCAUUGAGCCAUCUUCGACCAUUCCAGCAACAACUGGACCUUCAGCUUAUGUCAUCGAUACUUUUGGUAAUGCUGAUUCUAACAAUCUCGGAUUCUAUCAUGGAGGUGAUGAAACAACAACCUAUAAACAAUCGGGGAACAAACUUACCAUCAAUACUAAAGGCAAUUCUGAUCUUGCCUGGUACACUCAAAUCUCCAAUGGAUGCUUCGACUUCACUCCUAAUGAUAAGGGCUACAUCCACAUCGCUUUUACCGGAAGUAACGCAUUUACCAUAUCUCUGCAACAGCACAAUCCUACUUGUAACCCAAAUAUAAAUCCAUUUCCUUUCACGUGGGAUUCUGUUGAAGCAUCGAGAUACUCCAAUUCAGCAAAGACCGACCUCUACGUUCCAAUCUCCCACUUUGAAAUCGAUCGCAAACUAAGUGUUGGGUUUGCACUCAAGGGCUUCUACACAUCUGAUGAUACUGUCAUCUCAAAGAUCGAAGUCGUCAAUUCGGUCCCAUCAGAUUUUCUAGUCCCAUCAAAACUACCCACGGCACCCCUAAUCUUCUCUUGCACACGUCCAAACUCAUUCGCUUUCGCAAUCGAUGACGGUGAUCCACAACUUGCCCAAAAAGUCGUCUCCGCCGUCGCAGCCGCAGGUAUCCACGUAACAUUUUUCACCGUUGGUGCCGCCCUGCUCGACCCAUCCACCAAUCUCUCAACCGUCUAUUCCAACAUGUUAAAUCUCGGUCACCAAGUAGCAUAUCAUUCCUACACACAUCCACCAAUGGAAGGACUCCCGAGCCUCGCAUCCAUAGACUGGGAACUCAACAACGACAUAGCCGCCGUCUCAUCUACCCUCUCCGGCCACACAUCCACGUAUUUCCGACCUCCUUUCGGCACGGAAGGUGCACGUAUUCGCCAACGACUCGCUGCCUUGAUCCCAGGCUCAAAAUUCGUAGAAUGGUCCGUUGAUGUACAGGAUUGGUUGUGGGCUCUCAGUGACACGCCUGAAAAUCAGCUUACGAAUUUCCAGAGUGAUGUGAAUAAGGGGGGGAAUUUGGUGGUUAUGCAUUACUUGUAUCAGACGACGGUGGAUUAUUUGCCGCAGUUUAUUGAGAUUGCGAAGAAAACGGGUAAGCAGUUGAUGAGGGUGGAUCAAUGUUUGGAGGAUCCGAAUGCGCCGCCUUUGUGA